GGAAGCUGGUGCCCACCGCCUUCGUUAUCAACCCACGUGGAUAGAGAGGACGCUGGCUAAAAUGCGUUCCUCCACCAUCAUCGGUAUACUUGUGUGUGUUUCUGGUGCAGUUUUUAGCAUGUCCAUUCCAAGAAGGGAAAGACUCUGGCAUAAAUUCGCUACCUACAAAUAUCCACAUUUGUCCUCUAUGAGUCCAUGGGACGGCCCCUCAGGAAGAGAACCAACUUGUGAAGAACUAAGAGCAAUGUGGCGUUUCUCGAAACGCCAGUCACGCAUCACAGAACUCACUAAUGAGGUACCAAUGUACAAAGAUCCAUUUGCUUAUAACGUUUGGGAACCAUAUGGACAGACAAGGUCUCUAGGAAAUGAUAUUCUGGAUACCAGAGGAAGAGACUAUGUCUAUGGCACAGUUGUUCAUUAUCCACAACAUCGUCAGCCUUCUGAAGCUCGACAAAAGUACAGUCCCUAUGAUGAAGUAGUUAGGCUUCUUCAUCGAUCACCCUACAUGAGCCCCUCACCAGUUUAUGCCUCUGCUCACCUGCCAUCUCCACGUUACAGUAGUUUUGAAGAAUUAAAAAACAUCAUACGAGCAGAGAGAGCCCAAGAGCAGCAGCAGCAGCAGCAGCAGCAAGAACAACAACAACAAAUGCCUGUCAGAUCUCAGAUAGUGGGAAGUGAUUCUGACUAUUACAUCUCUGAGGACUCAGAAUUUCCAAACGACGAAUAUCGUAUCAGUAGCUAUGAAAGUAGCGGUAACGCUCAGAACAUAAUGCCACCUAUGAUCUAUGGAGUACCAAAUGAAGCAAUGUACUCAGACUCUCUGCCACCUAAGAUGUACAGAGCUGAAGAUCCGUUUUUAAUGGGGUCUCAGACCAAUCACAUGUAUAAUGAUCGUUCACAGGAGUAUAUCGAUGAAGAGUAAUCUUGUGGCAUACGACAUUUCACAUCCCAAGAAGAGGUUUCCUGUAGUACUAAAUUUCUAAUUAUCAAUGUAAUACAAGAAAAAACUUUUCCACUAUCAGAACUGUUUCUAAUUUCUAUGGAAAUGUUUAAAAACAUGCUGAAGUAAAUACGUAUAUAUCCUUCCAAGUAUGAUGUAAUUAAUUUAUACAUAUUAUACUAAAAUGACAAUAAACUUAUUAUGUAAGCAGAUGGCAAUUUUGUGACAGUAGAUAAUUAUGUAACUGGUUAAAGGUAGAUUUGUUGGACAGUCUGCUACCACUAUGAAAACAAAGUACUCUAUAUUUCCAUUUAAUAUUAAUAUCAGUCACUCAAAUACAGUGAAUAUACCACUAUAACAUAAUGCGAAAGACAUUCAUAACUUAUUAUUUAAUUAUAUGUAAGUUACCAACACAAAAAUGUCAUCUCUUAUCAAUAUUAGACAAUAAUUAAUCCCUCUGAUAAUUACUUUCUCCAACUACAUGAGUUUUGCUUGAAUUGCUGUUCUUAAGGGGAAAACUUCUGAACUCAAAAUAACACUAGUGCAUAAAACCCUGCAGCAAUACAGUACAAUUGUUUCUAAGCUGUAAGAAAUUGCUGAUUUCAAACAUUCAUUAAAAUGACAUUAUUAUUUAAUUCAUAAAUUUCUUAUUGCCAUACCACUUAAGAUUGCUGGUGAUAUGUAUGUGCAACUUUUAUCCCAUUUUAAAAACAGAAAAAAUAUCUCUCUCACAGAAUGAGGCUUUAACAUAUUUCUUUUCUUAAAAGGCUGCGUUUUGUUAUUUUGCAUCAUGCAACAAGAAAUUGUAAACUUCAGAUAAUUUGCUUCUACAUCAUAAUGAAAUACUAUUCAGAAUACAUUCUGCCCUGAGAUGUAGAUACACACCUAAGAAAUCUUUAUAAAAUUAAUGUAUUAGAUUUCAAAACCAAAGAUAUAAGAAUAUAUUUAAACAGCGAAUCAGCAGUAUCAGAAAUAUGUGAAAUUUGUUUAAUGCUUUCAGUUUCAGAAAGUCUAUUUAGUUAUGUGUAAUAGAGAAGUUUGUUACAAUUUAACAAUUUCCACAUGUCUAGCAUAUCUUAUUACAGUUUGGCUCUAUACCCAGAUGUGUUGAAUGAUACAUCAGCUUUUUUUUCAUGUAAUGCAAAUAUUCAGGUUCUGUUAUAGUUUCCAUCUCUUUUUCAAUAGCCAUUUAAUUACCAACAGAAAAUUUGUAUGUAUUGUAUGAAGUCAGUAUAGUAUGUACAGUAUUCAAAUUUCUUUCUUCAGUAAUAAUGUUUAAAAAGAACUGUACAAACAAAAGCAAAAAAAGAAUAAUUGUAGAACUGGACAACAGUUCUUAAACCAAUACCAUUAAAUAAGAGGAAAACUGAUUCCUAUCUAUUUUACUGAAUAUUAAAUAAAUAUUUUGUUCUACAUAUAAUGCAAAACAAUAAAACAUUGUGAUAAAAGUGACAAUAUAUUUACCAUUGUUACUGUUACUUCCAUUAAAACACAGUCAUAAUUUUUGACUGUAUGAAAGUCUGACAGUAUUUUGACAACAUAAUGUCCCUGUUAAUAAUUAAGAGUUGUAUAUCAAAUAAUCAUGUGAUACAUAUUGGAGAGAAAAUGCAUAAUUAGUGCCAAUAAAAUUUGUUGGUUCUUCAACAUAUGGUGUACUCUAGUUUCUCUUCUGAAUUCCACGCUUUUAACACAAUGGUCUUGCAUAUUACAAUUCUCAUAGGAGAGAGACAAUUUAUCUGAGCACUAAUAUUUCGAAAAUUCUCAUGUAUGUAUUGAUCAUUCCCUGUUUUAAACAAAAUAAACAUUUUUCUAUUUGGAUGUUAGUUUUUUAUUAUCAAGGUAAAGCAAUGAAUUAUAUUCAUUACUGUUGCAUUAAUUAUGAGCUAAAAUUACUGUUUUUAAUUUUCAAAGGAAAUGGAACACUGAAUAUUAUUAUGACAUUAACGAUGGUGGACGUUUUCAGUUACUCUAGAAUGCAUAGUUUUGACUACUAAUGUUUUAUAUAUUGGCUUGUAUUUUUCCUUCCAGUGGUGAAAAUACUGAAAUUAAUACAGAAAUUGACAUAAGAUUUUAUGCCUCAUACCGCCCCAUUCUUGAUAUAACAGAAGAAUAUUAUCUAACACCAAUUUGUAUCUAAUACUUUCCUUUCAUAAUGAUGUCAGUUCUGCUCUUUCAUCUUCUUAUGGAUACAUCUGUACUUCCAUUAUAAAUUUUCACCAUACACUUUUUUGAUGCAUCUAAUCAUGUUUUUCUCUCUACAUUGCUUCACAGUUCUAGCUAAUAUACUUCAUUUUCGUAACACUGCUACAUACAAUGGAAAUUUUGUCUGCAAGGCCAAAAUCUGAUGCAAAGCUCUAAAAAGUUACUUGUUACUUUCAGCAUUAAUCUUUAAUAGGCCAAUGGUAUGCAAUAGAAAAUACAAUGCUUUUUAACCCUCAUUCAAGUUUAUUUUCCCUCCCUGUAAUUUUAUUUUUAAUUUAAUGUUAAUCUUAAAUUGAAGUUUUACUUCAGUUAAUGCCUCUUAGAAAAAGAUAUGAACCAAUAAAGAGUUUAUUUUUAAGGAACAAUUUCAAUUAAUCCUGUUACUAUUUGUGUUUGUAUUAUUAUGUAGUACCACAAUUACAGUUUAGCCUACAAAAAAUAAUGAAAGCUUUCAUUCACAUGAAUUUAUUCAAUAAUUGUUGUUAAUAAAAAUGUACUCAUGUGAAAUUUUGUAUGUAUACAUUUAUACUAACACAUAUACUUUGUGUCUGUGAAAUGAAAUAUGUCACUACUUGCAUGAAAAUUCAUAAUUACACUCUGCAGGCUGCAAUUGCCCCAUUUGCCAUUGUUAAAUAAGUAAUAAUAACACACUGACCAUAAAUAAUUGUUUUAAAAUUUUUCAAAAUUACUCUGAUGUCUUUCAGAUGUUUUCCCAAUAAAUAUUGUAUCUAAGACCAUAAAAAGUGAAUUUUUGAAUCUUAAAAUGGAUCAAUAUGUGUAAAUGUGCACAAGUAUACAUUAAGUAAUUUUAGUAAUAGUGAAAUAAGUAUAGAUGAAUCCUAAGAUAUGUUUGCUUGUUAUUUUUUUAAUUAAAAUUUCUUUCAUCCACUGAUGUAACAGUUUUAUAUUGCUUUAAGGAUGUGAAACUACAGAAUCAAUUUUGUAAGCUUUGUAUAAGGGCAUUUUGGCACCAUUUGCCAUUAACCUUUGUGGAGAGAGUUCUGUACCAGAACUAUGUAAUAACUAGAUACAUUGACCAUGUAAGUUCUCAUAUGGUCCUCUUUCUGAAUACAGCAGAUCUCUUAUUGAAAGCCUUGUGCUAUUCUGACCUAAAGUUACUGUAUAAUUUUCAUUUUAAAAGGUUUGUACCAUCUGAAAGUAGUAAUACAAUUACACCUAUCUCUACAAAUGACUUUUCAGAAUCAAUUUCACAUAUCACUGAAUGGAUUGAAUCGAGGUCUUACCAUUAUUAUGUUAUGGCACUAUGCAGCAACAUAUCAUAAUGGAGUAAAUUCAUCUCAGUGUUCCCUCCUUUCUAUAAUACUACCCAUGAUUUAACCUUAUAGUUUUACAUAGUAUGUCUAACACUGGUUCGAUGUACUAUGUAAGUUUAAAUCAUAUUUCUGUAUAAACAACCACAAGCUUUGUGAGAAAAAAUAAAACCCAUUACAUUAUUAUCGAGGCCAUAAUUUAUUCAUUGCAGUGGUAAUGUCUUCAUAUUACUUAUAAAAACACACCGAAAUCAACAAUACUGUUGGAGGCUUAAUGAAAUAUACAAAUGUUUACUCAGUUUAAUUAAAUACUAAUGUAUUCAUAUGUCAACGUGUAAAUGUUUCACAGAAAUUCAGUUAUAAAAAUCUUCUUAAGUGUGUAUAUGAAUAACCUUAUGUGAUGGAACGUAAGUUUUAAGCAUUGAUGGUUACUUUUGUAGAACUUUCCACUACAUCUCAAAAUUUAAUUGAAACUAUUUGUAGAUAAAUAUAUUUUUCUAUCAUUUUUAAUAACUGAAAUGUAAUUCAGAUAGUUAUUUUAACUAGUAUACUUCAUCUCUUAAGUGUGAAAACAAAAUCUACCAAAUCAUUCACAUAUCACAUGUGAUAAAGUGUAUCAGCAUCUUGGGGCUUCUAUUCUCUUUGGUGGUUGGUGUCAAUUAAAAACAGAAAAAAAUCUCAUAAUCGAUUUUUAUUUCCCACUUCAUCCAAAUAUAACAUGUGCUCCUUUUUUAAUUAUUUAUGUGUUAAUAGUGAUGCUAUGUAGAGCACUAUCUUUAGUGUACCAUAUAUCAUUUAUGAAGCUAUUUAUUUUAUGAAUGAUUUUUCUCUACUUAUAUCUUAUGACAACUAAUUUUCAGUGUGAAGUGUAAUUAAAUGUGUUAUGUAAGGAAUAAAAGAUCAGCUAUAAUAUA